AGUCCCACAAGUCACGAAAGAGUUAAAGCCGGGAAAUCUAACCCUCAAUUCGUCGGAGCCAAGCCCGAGCCGGGCUGGGAGGAAGGGGGGAGGGAUCAAGAGGGAGGGAGCGAGGAGGAGGGGAAACCUGGGACCCAGCUCGGUCCCCUCCCUCCCGCCCGCCUUGGCCGGGUCCGGGUGCCAGCAGAGUUAUUAUUACAGCGAUGGGCCAGGGAGCCAGAGGCAACCAGCAGCCCUGGGCCUGACUAAGUCGCUCAGCCUGGCCUUCAUGGUCGCCAUGGCAACAGCCUCCCUGACUCCCCGAUGGGCUGCCCUCUUGCUCCCACUCUUGGUGCUUGGGAUGCCCACUGAGGAGCCUGCCCCUGAGACACCUUCCCCAGUGCCGGGGGGCUGCCGGCGAUGCUGCCAAGAAUCAGAGUCCCUCAACCCUGAAAUGGCCAGUCCGACUGCUGUCCCCUAUGUGAUACCUGAGGUGAGACCCUACAUCAACAUUACCAUCCUGAAAGGAGAGAAGGGGGACCGGGGUCCCCUUGGGAUACCAGGGAAGAUGGGCAAGGAAGGCUCUCGGGGGGACCGAGGGCCUCAGGGCCCCAAAGGGGCCAAAGGCCAGGCUGGCAGCCCUGGGGAGCCAUGCCAGACACAGUAUUCGGCUUUCUCCGUGGGCCGCAAGAAGGCCCUGCACAGCACCGAGGACUAUCAGCCCCUGCUCUUCGAUACAGUCUUUGUCAACCUGGACGGCCGAUUUGACAUGUUUUCGGGCCACUUCUCAGCCCCCAUCGCGGGCAUCUACUACUUCAGCCUCAAUGUCCACACCUGGAACUUCAAGGAGACCUAUUUGCACCUGAUGCGCAACGAGGAGCCCACCGUCAUCCUGUACGCACAGCCCAGUGACCGCAGCAUCAUGCAGAGCCAGAGUGUCCUGCUGGAGAUGGCCUCUGGGGACCGCGCUUGGGUGCGCCUCUUCAAGCACCAGCGGGAGAAUGCCAUCUACAGCGAUGAUGUGGACACAUACAUCACCUUCAGCGGCCAUCUCAUCAAGCCAGGGGAUGAGUGACCCCCUCAGCAAACCCUUCACCUUCCCCCCAAUCUGUACUCUCCCAACACUUCUCCCAUCUCCUCCCCCUCUUCAACCAUGCUGUGGAAGGAGGCAAUCAAGCCCCCUGGUGCUCCCCCAGAUCCCCUCCUAACUAGAUAUUCCACUUGAGCAAAUCAUGUUCCUUCUCUGGCCUGUUUACUCAUCUAUCAAUCCCUUUUUUCUUCUCCCCUUCUCUCUUCUCUUCUUCAUAGUCCUUCCAUCCAUUCAUUCGAUAUGCAUUUAUUAAGCACCUAUUAUCUGCUGGACACUGCACUCUAGGGACACUAAUUCCUGCCCUAGGGGGGUCUCUUCCUUCUGGGUUCCCCUUUGUCUCCCCACUUCUCCACCUAGGCCUGUGACUGCUAAUGCUUCUCCCCUAGCUCCUGCCCCCUAAUUCCUGCUCUCUAGAUGUUUCCCCAACCAGCAGUGGCUUCCCCCUACUCCCUCCCACCCUUUCCUCAGUGUCCCUCCUGCCCUCCUCCAUCCCCCACAUUACUGAAUCCAAAGCAUAGAUACUAAAAGACCAGAGGCAGGGGACGGUCUAUCUGUGGAUAAAGAGUAAAAUAGGACCAGAUCUCAAAGCAAAGACCACCCGGCAGUCCGUUCUCUAGUGGUUUCCUUCCUCUUCCUACCAGCCUCCACCGGCCAGGCCUUGAUAAACAGCUGGGCCACAUAUGGGUUUCCACCCCGGUGAGUCCUCCAGGCUUCCUCGACCCUUGGAAUAGCCUGUUCCUCUGUUCUCUCAACACAGAGACGGGCAGACAAGGGCCCCUUUCUCUCCCUUUUCUCCAUGGAUCAGCUUCCCAGGGACCCCAAGGCCAACCCAUUCUCCUCUCCACUUGCUCUGCCCCUGCCUAGGGCAGGUUGCGGCCCAUAAUGUGAAGCUCACCUUGUUAACUCCCCCUUUUCCUAUGGUGCUAAGGAAACCCAACUCAGUCUUGCCUUCAGGUUCAUCUUGGUGCUCCCCACUUAUGAAGGGCCAAGGCUGAGCAAGGGAGAGGGAGAGGAGAACAGGAAGAUUUACCCUUCCCCCCAGCAGGCCUGGGGUACCUGGAAAAGGGAGAAAAACAAAGAAAGGGGAUGACUAAUUCUUCCUGACCUCCAAGAGGAAAGAACAGAAAUGGGUUAGAUGAGAUAUCCUGGGUUCUACAAAUCUGUGAUUCUAAGAGUCACUUGGGGUGAGGGAGAGAGGCCUAGAAAUGGGGUUCAAGGAUGUCAUACUAUAUCUCCCCUACAAAUUGAGGGGUUUGGCCCCCCCUGGAUUGGAUAACCUUUCCCAGGGACCCUCGGGGGAAUAGGCCACUCGGGAAACAUCCAAGGUGGAGGGGGCAGAGCUGAGACCCUUAAUUCCUUCCCUCCCCCCCAUUCCCUCCAUAUUUCCCAAUCUCUUUCCUCCAGGAUUGGCCUCCAGCUCAUUGGUGCUAAUUCCUCCUGGCCUGCAUGGGCGGGUCAGGCCCUGGUGCUCUGUGGGAGGGAGCCGAAAGGGUUGGGGAUGCGCUCCAUGCUGCACAUUCGCUGGUGCUUGAGGUGACCUACAUGUGCAGUAGCACUCAAGGUCACAGAAGACAUAACCCCAAACCACAGUGACAUUUUUGGUCUUGUCUCAGGCUGAUUAAAAACUAAGAAAAAUGCUUUUUCUCAGCA